AUGGCGACCAUCGCGGACGAGCUACUGAACGAUUUUGAGGACAGCGGUUCCGAAAACGAGGACAACACGAACGGAUUUCACGCUGGCGACCAUAACGACGGUCUCUAUGCCAAAGGUGACGAAGACCCAGACGUCACGGUCUCCGGAUCCCCUGAUCGUGAUGACAUCCCAGGCGAUGAAAAUAUGGAAGAUGCAGAAGAGGAGGCCGAGGCCGACGAUGCGGCUCGAGGUGACAUCGCGGACGACGAAGCUGAAGCAAAGGCAAAGGUCGAGAAGAUGCGCCUGGGAGGUGAAAGCGAUGUGAGGAAUGUUGCUCGCUUAAUGAAGACUCUACAACCAGUUUUGGAGAAAAUCUCCCUCUACCAGAAUAUGCCUCCACACCUAAGAACCACAACAGUAGGGUCAGUCGAAGAUAACCCGGAAUACCACUUGUUGACAGAAUCGAAUUUUCUCUCCACCCAAAUCGACAAUGAAAUCAUACUUGUGCACAAGUUUAUUCGAGACCAUUAUUCGGCCCGCUUCCCAGAACUCGAGACCCUCGUACAAAACCCGCUGGACUAUGCAAAGACCGUUGCUAUCAUCAAGAACGGACCACUGGACAAUAUCAAAGCGCUGGCUGAUUCUUCUCAUAACAUUGCCGGAGCCACUCUAAGAUCUAUCCUGGAUGGUCCAACGCUAAUGGUUGUGACCGUGGAAGGAACCACAACCAAAGGACAACCACUUAGUGACGCAGAGCUUGACACGACCCUGCGUGCGUGCCAGAUGACUAUGGAGUUGGACAGAGCAAAGAAGAUUCUGACGGAAUACGUCCAAUCGAGAAUGAACAUCUUCGCACCGAACUUGACCGUGCUCAUCGGGUCGUUGACAGCUGCUCAGUUGCUCAAUUUUGCAAAUGGAUUGAAAGGCCUUGCCAAAACGCCAGACCGCAAUGUCCCAGCGAUGGGUUCCAGAAAACAAAAGCAGAGCGGGUUGGCCACCAAUGUAGGCAUACGGCAACAAGGCUUUCUGUACCACUCACCUCUCAUUCAGAGCAUACCAAGUGAUCUGAAAGUUCAAGCAAUGCGAAUCGUAUCUGCCAAGCUUGUCCUUGCCGCUCGAGUCGACAGUGUACAUCAAGCACCAGAUGGCUCGACCGGAGAACAACUUCGCGAUGACUGCCUACGACGACUAGACAAGCUUACAGAGCCGCCCCCGAACCGAGGUCCACGAGCUUUACCUGCGCCCGAUGACAAACCAAGCAGAAAGCGAGGUGGUAGGAGAGCACGAAAAGCUAAAGAAGCCACUGCCAUGACAGACCUGAGAAAACAACAGAACAGGAUGGCGUUCGGUAAAGAAGAAAAAGAAGUUGGCUAUGGCACUGGCGAGGAAACGGCCGGGCUAGGCAUGAUCGGCGCAUCCAACGAUGGCAGAAUCCGAGCCACGCAAAUCGAUCGACGUACGAUGGCGAAAUUGAGCAAGAAGAAUCCCGGUUGGGGUGGUUCUGGCACAGCUACCAGUAUGAACAGCGGCAUGAAUACGUCGUUGAAAGGAUUUGGCAUGUCAGGCAAUGCGACAUCGCUACGAGCUUCAGGACUUCGCACCACGGGCGUGGGUGCAGGAACCGCCAGCUCCAUCUCAUUUACCCCGGUUCAGGGUCUUGAACUGGUGGAUCCAAAAGUGCAGGCCGAGCUCAAGAGGAAAAGAGAGGCUGAAAAUGCGGGUUACUUUUCCAGCGGUACAUUUACCCAAGUCAGUGCUGGAAAGACUGAUGGAGGAUUCAAGGUUCCUUCGUUACCCCAGGCGAAGAAGACGAACAUGGGGCCUCCGCCUCAACCGGCGAAAUGA